AUGCGCAUUUCCCCUACCCGUCGCCCUCAUCUCCCCUCCCCGUCGCCCUCAUGUCCCCUUCCCGUCGCCCUCCUUUCCCCUUCCCGUCGCCCUCCUUUCCCCUUCCCGUCGCCCUACUUUCCCCUUCCCGUCGCCCACGUUUCCCCUUCCCGUCGCCCUCCUUUCCCCAUCCCGUCGCCCACGUUUCCCCUUCCCGUCGCCCUCCUUUCCCCUUCCCGUCGCCCUCCUUUCCCCUUCCCGUCGCCCUACUUUCCCCUUCCCGUCGCCCACGUUUCCCCAUCCCGUCGCCCUCCUUUCCCCAUCCCGUCGCCCUCCUUUCCCCUUCCCGUCGCCCUCCUUUCCCCUUCCCGUCGCCCUACUUUCCCCUUCCCGUCGCCCACGUUUCCCCUUCCCGUCGCCCUCCUUUCCCCAUCCCGUCGCCCACGUUUCCCCUUCCCGUCGCCCUCCUUUCCCCUUCCCAACGCCCUCAUUUCCCAUUCCCCUCGCCCACAUUUCCCGUUCCCCUUGCCCUCAUUUCCCCUUCCCCUCACCCUCAUCUCCCCGUCCCUCAUCUCCCCUGUCCUCCUCUCUUCCCCCUGUCCUCCUCUCUUCCCCCUGUCCUCCUCUCUUCCCCCUGUCCUCCUCUCCUCCCACUGUCCUCCUCUCUUCCCCCUGUCCUCCUCUCUUCCCCCUGUCCUCCUCUCUUCCCCCUGUCCUCCCCUCUUCCCCCUGUCCUCCUCUCUUCCCCCUGUCCUCCUCUCUUCCCCCUGUCCUGGUCUCUACCCCCUGUCCUCCUCUCUUCCCCCUGUCCUCCUCUCUUCCCCCUGUCCUGGUCUCUACCCCCUGUCCUCCUCUCUUCCCCCUGUCCUCCUCUCUUCCCCCUGUCCUCCUCUCUUCCCCCUGUCCUCCUCUCUUCCCCCUGUCCUCCUCUCUUCCCCCUGUCCUCCCCUCUUCCCCCUGUCCUCCUCUCUUCCCCCUGUCCUCCUCUCUUCCCCCUGUCCUCCUCUCUUCCCCCUGUCCUCCUCUCUUCCCCCUGUCCUCCUCUCUUCCCCCUGUCCUCCUCUCUUCCCCCUGUCCUCCUCUCUUCCCCCUGUCCUCCUCUCUUCCCCCUGUCCUCCUCUCUUCCCCCUGUCCUCCUCUCUUCCCCCUGUCCUCCUCUCUUCCCCCUGUCCUCCUCUCUUCCCCCUGUCCUCCUCUCUUCCCCCUGUCCUCCUCUCUUCCCCCUGUCCUCCUCUCUUCCCCCUGUCCUCCUCUCUUCCCCCUGUCCUCCUCUCUUCCCCCUGUCCUCCUCUCUUCCCCCUGUCCUCCUCUCUUCCCCCUGUCAUCCUCUCACAGCUCACCCCUCCAACAGAUCCUCUGUUGCUUCAACAUUUCUCGAAUGCCCCCCCUCUUUUUCCCCCCUCCUUUUUCCCCGCAGUCCUCCACUCUACCGCCUGUCCUCAUUUCUCGACACGUGCUCCUCUCUCUCGUCCCUUCCUCUCCUCUCUCAUCCUUCCUCCCCUCUCUCAUCCCUUCAUCCCCUCUCUCUUCCCUUCCUCCCCUCUCUCAUCCCUUCCUCCCCUCUCUCAUCCCUUCCUCCCCUCUCUCAUCCCUUCCUCCCCUCUCUCAUCCAGAGCAAGCGGAGGCGGCACGUCCAUGCAGGGCGUCUGGGCCUCUGUCAUGCUCGCCUGGGAUGGUGCGGGGACAGGGCGGGGUGAGGGGAUGGAUUUGGGAGAACGGGAAGAGAUGGAAAGGGAGAGCGAGUUCGCCAGUGUGCAACGGGAGGGAAUCGGCCGUGCGCCCCAAACGGUGUGCGGCGGAAGGGAAUGCGCGAAGGCGACGGGAAGAUCACGAGCGCUAACGGCGGAAGGGAGAGCGUGCACACGAUGGAAGGGAGAGCGCGCACACGACGGAAGGGAGAGCGCGCACACGACGGAAGGGAGAGUGCGCACACGACGGAAGGGAGAGCGCGCACACGACGGAAGGGAGAGCGCGCACACGACGGAAGGGAGAGCGCGCACACGACGGAAGGGAGAGCGCGCACACGACCGUAGGGAGAGCGCGUGGGCGACGGAGGGAGUGCGCGUGGGCGACGGAGGGAGUGCGCGUGGGCGACGGAGGGAGUGCGCGUGGGCGACGGAAGUGGAUUUACCGAGCGCGACAGAAGGGAGUGAGCUUGACGACGGAGGGGAGUGUGCUGGGCGACGGAAAGGAGUGAGGAGGGGCGAAAGAGGCGUCGCGCGAAGGCGACGGGAGGGGAGGGAGCGUGAUCGCACGUCGGGAAGGAAGCAUUUUGAGAUUGGUGUGCACACCUCAGCCAAGAGUGGUGGUGAGACCCCUGCGAUCCUUCCCUACGCACCCUGCGACUUUCCUCACGUUUUGAAGUCCACACUCCGUCCCCUUCCGUCCCACACACGCACUCCCCUCCAUCGCUCACGCUUCCUCGCGACAACGAGCACGCUCCCUCCCCUCCCGUCUCCUUUGCGCUCGCUCCAUUGUCGCACACGCGCGCUCUGCUUUCUCGCGGAUUACAAUUCCCUCCCGUCGCUCACGCGGGAGCGCCGAGACCGAUUACGCACACUCCCUUCCGUCACCCACGCUCACUUCGUUCCCACCGCAGACGCGCACUCCCUUCCGUCGCCCCCGCGCACUCCGUCAGUUACCUCGGCCCACGCGCACUCCCUUCCGUUGCCCACUCUCAAGACCUUCCCGUCGCCCACGCUCACACCCUUCCCAUCGCCUACGCGCAAUCGUUCAGUCGCCCACUCUCAACCACUUCCCUCGCCCACGCUCGCUCCCUUCCCGUCGCCCACGCUCACUCCCUUUCCAUCGCCUUCGCGCAAUCCUUACAUCGCACACGCUCACCCCCGCUCGUCGCACACGGCCAAUUCCCUCUCGUCGCACGCUGCCGCCCGCGCCGCGCUCUCCCUUUCAAUCUCCUCCCGCCGUCCACGCGCACUCCCUCCCGGCGCGCGAGACGACUCCCCGUCCGCCGCCCACGCUCACUCCCUCCCGCCGCGACGGUCCCCUCCGUCGCACAUGCUCACUCCCCUCCGUCGCCCACGCCCACUCCUUAUGGUCGCACUCACUCCUCCCCGUCGCCCACUCAUUCCCCUCCGUAUCCCUCGCUCACUCCCCUUCCGCCGCCCACGCUCGCUCCCUCCCGUCGCGUUCGGCCCCAUCCGUCGCCCACGCUCACUCCACUGCCGUCACACACGCACGCACCCUCCCCUCGACGGAGAGGGGGUGCUCCGCUUCCCUCGCAUAUGCGUUCAUCUCCCCAUCCCUCAUCUCCCCAUCCCUCAUCUCCCCAUCCCUCAUCUCCCCAUCCCUCAUCUCCCCAUCCCUCAUCUCCCCGUCCCUCAUCUCCCCAUCCCUCAUCUCCCCGUCCCUCAUCUCCCCGUCCCUCAUCUCCCCGUCCCUCAUCUCCCCGUCCCUCAUCUCCCCAUCCCUCACCCCCCCAUCCCUCAUCUCCCCAUCCCUCACCUCUCCGGUCUUCCUCUCCCUCUCCCCUCUCCUCUCAUUCCUUACCCUUCUCCCUCUCCUCUCCCUCCUCCCUUUCCACUCGCCCCGCCACUCCCGCCGUGCUUCUCCCUCCCCCCAUUCCGCCUCGCCCCAUUCCGCCCCACCCCAUUCCGCCCCAUCCCAUUCCGACUGACCUCAUUCCGCCCCACCCCAUUCCGCCUCACCCCAUUCCUCCUCUCCCCGUCCCCUCCUCACUUUACCCCCCUCUUCUCCCCUUCCCCACCUCAUCCCAUCUCCUCCUCUUUCCGUCCACCCCUCCUCACCCCAUCUCCUCCUCUUUCCAUCCAGGCCUCCUCACCCCAUUCCGCCUCACCCCAUUCCGCCUCCCGUCCUCUCCCCAUCCCCUCCUCUUACUAUCCCUCCUCUCCCUGUCUCUCCUCUCCCCAUCCCUCCUCUCAUCCCUCCUCUUACCAUCCCUCCUCUUACCAUCCCUCCUCUCCCCAUCCCUCCUCUCCCUAUCCGUCCUCUCCCCAUCCGUCCUCUGUUCGUUCCUUCCUCCCCACAUCCCUUCCUGUUUGCUCCGCACUUCACCUCCCCCUCCCCUCCCCCAAUCGCUCUGCGCGGUCUCAUUGCAGGGACUCCUCGCAGGGAAAGAAGGGGAAAGGGAGGAAAGUUCACCCACGCUACGUCUAUCCCCUCACCCCGCCCUGUCCUAUCCCCUCCCCUCCCCCUCCCGUCCUCUCCCCAUCCCCUCCUCUUCCAAACCCAUCCCUCCUCUUUCCAUCCAUCCUCUCCCCAUCCCUCCUCUCCCCAUCCGUCCUGUCCCCAUCCCCUCCUCUCCCCCUCCGCUCCAGGUGUUUCCUCCCAUCAUCACUUCCUCCCAUCAUCACUUCCUCCCAUCACCACUUCCUCCCAUCAUCACUUCCUCCCAUCACCACUUCCUCCCAUCACCACUUCCUCCCAUCACCACUUCCUCCCAUCACCACUUCCUCCCAUUACCACUUCCUCCCAUCAUCACUUCCUCCCAUCACCACUUCCUCCCAUCACCACUUCCUCCCAUCACCACUUCCUCCCAUCACCACUUCCUCCCAUCAUCACUUCCUCCCAUCACCACUUCCUCCCAUCAUCACUUCCUCCCAUCACCACUUCCUCCCAUCACCACUUCCUUCCAUCACCACUUCCUCCCAUCACCACUUCCUCUUCCUAUCCCCUUUCCCUCUCACAUCGUCCUAUCUCCCCCUGUCCCUUCUCCCCUGCUUCCCUCUUCCCCCUCUUUCCCCGCUUUCCCCUCCCCAUCGCUCGUAUUCUCUUUCUCUCCCUGGCUAUUGCAGUGACUACACUGAUGAUUUUUCUGGUGCUGCAACUCGCUCAGAGGCCCAUCAUCCCAUGCCAUGCUCAUAG